AUGAAGUGGAAGGUUUCGCUUCUUAAGGCCAAUGCUUGGGCAGCAAAGGUCGAUGUUGACUUUACACUUCAGCAAUAUGCCUAUGGGAGCUCAAAGCCCACUAAACUUGCCAUCCCAUCAUCACAAGUAACCUUUGCUACUGUGGACCUAGCCAGUAGUGCCUUCAAACAGCUGGCUUUGAAAGCAAGAGGCCUAUACGACAACACCCCGACUCUUUCAGGGCUUUCCAAUACUGCACUGGAUGUUAUGUUUGAUUGGCAUAGGAUCAAGUAUUGCAUGGUGCUGACCAAUGCUACUGUGAAUAUGAUCGAGGAACAGAAGUAUCUGGCGGCACCAGCAACCAUGGAAACACUUUACAGAAAACUGAGGCAAGACAGGAUGUUGUCUGAUAAAGAUGCAUCAGCGAAAACCCCAAGGAUCACGCUCUGCAUGUUCUUGUAUGUCCCUGAAGAGCCCGAGGAUGAUGAUGUCCAGGAAGUACAACAAAGUCAGUGUGUAUCUACUCGGAAAUCAACCACAGCAAGUUCUCAUCGUCAGAAGCGAAAAAGAUCCCCGACAGCAUCACCUGAACGUCUGCCACCUCCCAUGCGCUAUCAGAGUUCAUACCGAUCCAGACAGUCCGCAACUGCACCAAUACUCGAAUAUAAAACCUUUAAGAUGAAGCGGGCAACAUGCACUGUGAGCAAGACUGCAGAUAUACAGAUGAACUACAGCGAAGAGCAGGAAGAGAUUAUGAUUGCAAAAGGGUGGCAAGCUCAUGUUAAAGCUGGGAAGCCUUAUCAGGGUUAUCUUGGGCAGGGAUUGACAAAAUUUGUCUUCUGUGGUCGCUAUAACAAUAAGGACUGUGCUAUUGUCCAAUGUAAAUCAGUCCGUGCAACAGAAGCCGAAAACAUUGUGGAUUUAGAGGGUGAAUACCAGACUCUUCAUCUCUCUCAAGUUGAUGACCUUCCUAGAAUGAAGUGGAAUAUCUCAACUGCAUUCAUUGGAAAGCUUACCGAGAAACUCCCAGAUGCUCCUGGCAAAGAUGAACCUGAUUCACGCAGCCUCAUCUUCAGUGUCUUCAUGGUACUCCCACUUCUGCCAUCCGGUGCCCUGUGUAGAGAGGUUAAAUUUUCUGGGAGCAAAGAAGUAGGCCUCAACCCUGAUUCACUUGGAUGUGCUGUGGAUGCAUAUGCACAUCACAUUGCUGUUGAUUCGAUGUAUGAAGUUGUCAUAUCUGACAUUCAAGGAAUCAUCACACCAGAUUGUACUAUCAUUUUAUUUGACCCACAGUCUCACAUGGCACAAGGGGACUCUGGCUACUGGGACCAUGGACGAUCUGCAAUCACCAAGUUUUUAAAAUCACACAAAUGCAACAAGCAUUGUAGGGCUCUCGGUCUCGAUACUGAGCUCCCACCUUUAUCCAAUACCAACCGCAAAGGCCCACUUCAUAUCAGUUUUGAAGAUUAG